ACGGAAAACAUAGCCAAAACGCAAAAUGUCUACAAACGAUUCCAAGGCGCCUUUGCGCCAGGUGAAACGUGUGCAGUUUGGCAUCCUAUCACCCGAUGAAAUUCGUCGUAUGUCUGUGACAGAGGGUGGCGUGCAAUUUGCCGAAACGAUGGAAGGUGGACGUCCCAAAUUGGGUGGUCUCAUGGAUCCCCGACAGGGUGUCAUCGAUCGUACAUCACGUUGUCAGACUUGUGCUGGCAACAUGACAGAAUGUCCCGGUCAUUUUGGUCACAUAGAUUUGGCCAAACCCGUCUUUCACAUUGGCUUUAUAACAAAAACCAUCAAAAUCUUACGAUGCGUUUGCUUUUAUUGUUCCAAAAUGUUGGUAUCUCCCUCGAAUCCCAAAAUCAAAGAAGUCGUUUUGAAAACCAAAGGACAACCACGUAAACGCUUGGCUUAUGUCUAUGAUUUGUGCAAGGGCAAGAAAAUUUGCGAAGGUGGUGAAGAUAUGGACAUGACAAAGGAUGGCCAACCGGCUGAUCCCAAUAAGAAACCCGGACACGGUGGUUGCGGUCAUUAUCAACCAUCAUUGCGUAGAACAGGUUUAGAUUUGACAGCUGAAUGGAAGCAUGUAAAUGAGGAUUCACAGGAGAAAAAAAUUCAAGUCACAGCCGAACGAGUAUGGGAAAUUUUGAAACACAUUACAGACGAAGAAUGCUUUGUUAUGGGCAUGGAUCCAAAAUAUGCACGUCCCGAUUGGAUGAUUAUUACCGUAUUGCCAGUUCCGCCAUUGGCUGUAAGACCUGCAGUCGUUAUGUUUGGUGCGGCCAAGAAUCAGGACGAUUUAACGCACAAGCUAUCUGAUAUCAUCAAAGCCAACAAUGAAUUACGUAAAAAUGAAGCUAGUGGUGCCGCCGCUCACGUUAUAUUAGAAAAUAUAAAAAUGUUACAAUUUCAUGUGGCGACAUUGGUUGACAACGAUAUGCCCGGUAUGCCAAGGGCUAUGCAAAAAUCCGGUAAACCAUUGAAAGCUAUCAAAUCCCGUUUGAAGGGUAAGGAAGGUCGUAUUCGUGGUAAUUUGAUGGGUAAACGUGUGGAUUUCUCAGCACGUACUGUCAUUACUCCUGAUCCCAAUUUACGUAUCGAUCAGGUCGGUGUACCACGAUCGAUUGCUCAAAAUUUAACUUUUCCGGAACUGGUGACACCCUUCAAUAUCGAUCGUAUGCAAGAAUUGGUACGACGUGGUAAUUCACAAUACCCCGGUGCCAAGUAUAUUGUGCGAGACAACGGUGAACGUAUUGAUUUGCGUUUCCAUCCCAAACCAUCCGAUUUACAUUUGCAAUGUGGCUAUAAAGUGGAGAGACAUUUACGCGAUGAUGAUUUGGUUAUUUUCAAUCGUCAGCCCACACUACACAAAAUGAGUAUGAUGGGUCAUCGUGUCAAAGUGUUACCAUGGUCAACAUUCCGUAUGAACUUGUCCUGUACCUCUCCCUACAAUGCUGAUUUUGACGGUGAUGAAAUGAACUUGCAUGUGCCACAAUCCAUGGAGACCAGAGCUGAAGUAGAAAAUAUUCACGUUACCCCUCGUCAAAUUAUUACACCACAGGCCAACAAACCCGUCAUGGGUAUUGUGCAGGACACACUGACAGCUGUACGUAAAAUGACGAAACGUGAUGUCUUCAUCACGCGCGAACAAAUGAUGAAUCUAUUGAUGUUCUUGCCCACUUGGGAUGGCAAAAUGCCUCAACCUUGUAUUCUUAAACCAAAACCCCUGUGGACAGGCAAACAAAUAUUCACCUUGAUUAUUCCUGGCAACGUAAACAUGAUACGUACCCAUUCCACACAUCCUGACGAUGAAGACGAUGGUCCCUACAAAUGGAUAUCUCCCGGUGACACCAAGGUAAUGGUAGAGCACGGUGAAUUAAUUAUGGGUAUUCUUUGUAAGAAAACCCUGGGUACAUCUGCCGGUUCUCUGCUGCAUAUUGUCUUCUUGGAAUUGGGUCACGAAAUUGCUGGUCGUUUCUACGGUAACAUUCAGACUGUAAUUAACAACUGGUUGCUGUUGGAAGGUCACAGUAUCGGUAUUGGUGAUACAAUUGCCGAUCCUCAGACCUAUAACGAAAUUCAGAUGGCUAUUAAGAAAGCCAAAGACGACGUCAUCAACGUUAUUCAAAAGGCCCACAACAUGGAAUUGGAACCCACUCCCGGUAAUACACUGCGUCAGACUUUCGAGAAUCAAGUAAAUCGUAUUUUGAACGAUGCUCGUGACAAAACUGGUGGCUCAGCUAAGAAAUCUUUGACUGAAUACAACAGUUUAAAGGCUAUGGUGGUGUCAGGUUCUAAGGGUUCCAACAUUAAUAUCUCCCAGGUUAUUGCUUGUGUAGGUCAACAGAACGUAGAAGGUAAACGUAUACCAUACGGUUUCCGCAAGCGUACCCUGCCCCAUUUCAUCAAAGACGAUUACGGUCCUGAGUCCAGAGGUUUCGUAGAAAAUUCAUACCUUGCCGGUUUGACACCAUCCGAAUUCUAUUUCCACGCUAUGGGUGGUCGUGAAGGUCUUAUCGAUACAGCUGUAAAAACUGCCGAAACUGGUUAUAUCCAGCGUCGUCUUAUAAAGGCUAUGGAAUCUGUAAUGGUAAACUACGAUGGUACCGUGCGUAAUUCAGUUGGUCAGCUGAUUCAGUUGCGUUACGGUGAGGACGGUUUGGCGGGAGAAACGGUAGAGUUCCAGAACUUGCCGACCGUUAAGUUGUCGAACAAAUCAUUUGAAAAGAGAUUCAAAUUUGAUUGGUCCAAUGAGCGUUAUAUGCGUAAGGUGUUCACCGAUGAAGUGAUAAAGGAAUUGAGUGAAAGCGGCAACGCUUUGCCAGAACUUGAAAUAGAAUGGGACCAGCUGUGCCGCGAUCGUGAGGCGCUAAGAGAAAUUUUCCCCAAUGGCGAUUCCAAAGUUGUAUUGCCUUGUAAUUUACAGAGAAUGAUUUGGAACGUGCAGAAGAUCUUCCACAUCAACAAACGCAUGCCCACAGAUUUGUCUCCUCUACGAGUUAUAAAUGGUGUGCGUGAUCUAUUGCAACGCUGUGUUAUUGUGGUGGGUAACGAUCGUAUCUCAAAACAGGCCAAUGAAAACGCCACUCUAUUGUUCCAAUGUUUGGUGCGUUCCACAUUAUGUACCAAAUAUGUGGCCGAAGAAUUCCGUUUGUCCACGGAGGCCUUUGAAUGGUUGAUUGGUGAAAUUGAAACAAGAUUCCAACAAGCCCAAGCCAACCCUGGCGAGAUGGUGGGUGCCUUGGCUGCCCAGAGUUUGGGUGAACCUGCCACACAGAUGACACUGAACACUUUCCAUUUUGCUGGUGUAUCCUCAAAGAACGUAACAUUGGGUGUACCCCGUCUAAAGGAAAUUAUUAACAUUUCCAAGAAGCCUAAGGCUCCUUCUCUCACUGUGUUCCUGACUGGCGGUGCAGCUCGUGAUGCAGAAAAGGCCAAGAACGUAUUGUGUCGCCUGGAACACACUACGCUGCGUAAGGUGACAGCCAAUACGGCAAUCUACUAUGAUCCAGAUCCACAACGCACCGUCAUUGCUGAAGAUCAAGAAUUUGUCAAUGUUUACUAUGAAAUGCCUGAUUUCGAUCCCACACGCAUCUCACCAUGGCUGUUACGUAUCGAACUCGAUCGCAAGCGUAUGACAGAUAAGAAAUUGACCAUGGAACAGAUUGCUGAGAAAAUUAAUGCUGGUUUUGGUGAUGAUCUUAAUUGUAUCUUCAAUGAUGACAAUGCCGAUAAGCUGGUCUUACGUAUUCGUAUCAUGAACAACGAAGAGAACAAAUUCCAAGAUGAAGAUGAGGCUGUCGACAAGAUGGAGGACGAUAUGUUCUUGCGUUGCAUUGAGGCCAAUAUGUUGUCAGACAUGACACUGCAGGGUAUUGAGGCCAUUGGCAAAGUGUACAUGCAUUUGCCGCAGACGGACAGUAAGAAACGUAUUAUCAUUACGGAGACGGGUGAAUUUAAGGCCAUUGGCGAAUGGUUGCUGGAAACUGACGGUACUUCUAUGAUGAAAGUUCUGUCCGAACGUGAUGUAGAUCCAGUGAGAACGUCGUCUAACGAUAUUUGUGAGAUUUUCCAAGUAUUGGGCAUUGAAGCUGUGCGUAAAUCUGUGGAAAAGGAAAUGAACGCUGUGUUGCAGUUCUACGGUCUUUAUGUAAACUAUCGUCAUUUGGCCUUGUUGUGUGACGUAAUGACAGCCAAGGGUCAUUUGAUGGCCAUUACACGUCACGGUAUCAAUAGACAGGAUACUGGUGCUCUUAUGAGAUGUUCAUUCGAAGAAACGGUAGAUGUGUUGUUGGAUGCUUCGGCUCAUGCUGAGACUGAUCCUAUGAGAGGUGUAUCUGAGAAUAUUAUUAUGGGUCAAUUGCCAAAGAUGGGAACAGGUUGUUUCGAUUUGCUGUUGGAUGCAGAAAAAUGUCGCUAUGGCAUUGAAAUUGCCAAUACGAUUGGUUCGAGCAUUUUGGGUGGUUCUGGAAUGUUCUUUGGCGCUGUAUCAACACCCAGCAUGUCACCACCAAUGACGCCUUGGCAGAAUUGUGGAACACCCAGAUAUUUCUCACCAUCGGGUCAAAUGAGCGGUAUGACACCGGGAGGACCUAGCUUCUCGCCAUCUGCCGCCUCUGAAGCUUCUGGUAUGUCACCCAAUUGGUCACCAGCCCAUCCGGGCUCAUCGCCAAGUUCACCUGGACCACCAAUGUCACCCUUCUUCCCCCCAUCGCCCAGUGUGUCACCAUCAUACUCGCCAACUAGUCCAAAUUAUACGGCUUCUUCGCCUGGAGGUGCCUCGCCCAGCUACUCUCCACUCAGUCCAAAUUAUUCGCCCACAAGUCCGGCAUAUGGUUCAAUAUCACCACGCUACUCUUCGACUACGCCCAACUUUAAUCCCCAAUCAACUGGCUACUCACCAUCGACAAGCCGUUAUUCUCCCUCGUCUCCGGUAUACUCGCCAACAUCACCUUUCCACACUUCAAGUCCUUCGUAUACGGGCAGUGGUGGUUCGAAUAUGUACUCUCCAACAAGUGCUUAUUCUCCAACGUCUUCAAAUUAUUCGCCGAAUUCUCCAUCAUAUUCACCAACUUCACCAUCUUAUUCUCCCUCAAGUCCUUCAUAUUCACCAUCAUCGCCUUGUUACUCGCCCACUUCACCAUCCUAUUCGCCAUCUUCUCCAACAUAUACACCAGUAACUCCAUCAUAUUCGCCAUCAUCUCCCAACUAUUCGUCUUCGCCACACUAUUCGCCGGCCUCACCGGCAUACUCACAGACAGGAGUGAAAUAUUCACCUUCAUCUCCGAAAUAUUCACCACCCUCACCAUCCUAUGAUGGUUCACCGGGCUCACCACAAUACCCCCCGGGAUCGCCACAAUAUUCGCCUGCUUCACCCAAAUAUUCGCCAUCCUCACCGUUGUAUUCGCCAACGUCGCCACAACAUUCGCCCGCAAAUCAAUACAGUCCAACAGGUUCGAGUUAUUCGGCUGCAUCACCACGUUAUUCGCCCAACAAUAUGUCGGUGUAUUCGCCUGGCAGCACUAAAUAUUCACCUACUUCACCAACGUACACACCAACAACGCGUAAUUAUUCGCCGGCCUCGCCCAUGUAUUCUCCAACGGCCCCCUCACAUGGUUAUUCACCAACUAGUCCAGCCUAUUCACCAAGUAGUCCCACCUAUGAAGAGAGUGAAGACUAAGGCGAUGCAGCUGAUACAGCUGGCAAUGGUGACGCCGGAGAUGAUGAUGGUGAUGUUAGCACAGAUACACAUUUUUAGCAAUGACGCACGUGCAUUUUCAGAACUAAAUUUCUGAUUGGAAACAAAAAAAAAAAAUUAAAAAAAAGAAAAUAAUAGUUUUAAAAAUAAGUAACUAAAUAUUCAUUAUUCAUAUGAAUUGUAGUAAGAAUUGUUGAAAUAAGAAUUUUCAAUUACAAAGGAUAAACUAUUCAACUCAAAAUGCUUUUGUUAUAACCUUUAUUAUAUGGACCCCAAGUCCCCACCUAAUAUCCCCCCUCCUCCAAUCUCGUACUAAAAUCCUAUGUAUUGCUUUACACAAAAAACAAGAAGAAACUAUAAUUUAAAAUAAAUGACGUCAUAUUCAAUAGUUAUAGAGGGAAAAUAGUGAUGAUAAGACAAAACUUCAAUGUUGUGACAUUCAAAACAUUUUAAUUUAAGUUUUUUUUUUUCAACUUUAUCUGACGUGUCUAUCUAUAAACUGAGAUAUGUUUUCAUAAAUUUACUGAUUUGUUAGAAUACGAAUAAGCUGAAUUAAAAUGUUUGAAUGCCAAAACAAACAACAAACAAAUAUAUGUUAGCAAUUUUUAUUUCAUUUGAUUCUAUUUUCUUUUAUUUAAAAUAUUGUUUAAAGUAUGUAAUAUUUUAAAUAUAACGAAACAUAUAUUGGUACCGAGACUUUAAGAAAA